AUGGUGACAAGGUCUAAAGCUGGUGCUUUUAAACCAAAUUCCAAAUAUGCAUUGGUAUGUGAUUCUCUUCUCGAACCUACUUGUAUUUCACAGGCUCAUAAAGAUCCCCAUUGGCGUAUGUCUUCCGAUGAUGAGAUUAAUGCGCUACUUAGGAAUGGUACGUGGUUGUUAGUACCAUAUAAUUCUUCUAUGAACGUUAUUGGAUGUAAAUGGGUGUUUCGUAUUAAACGCAAUCCAGAUGGUACGAUUGCAUGUCGAAAAUCACGAUUAGUUGCAAAAGGCUAUAAUCAGCAAGAGGGUAUUGACUAUUCUGAAACAUUUAGUCCGGUUGUUAAACCAUGUACUAUUCGUCUUAUUUUUACAUUGGCUUUGUCUUCCAAUUGGCCAAUUCAUCAACUUGAUGUGAAAAAUGCCUUUUUACAUGGAGAACUUCAAUAA